AUGUGGCAGCGGAGGGAUCUACCGGGGAGAGAGCAGGCAGGGCCCAAGACACCGGCGACUUUUUCCCCCUCUCCGGUUUUAUUUUCAUCGUUUUUACUGUUGUAAACUACUUAAAAGUCGCGUCGUCACCUUUUAACACUUUUUAAGGAUUUAUUUGGCCGUUUUCUUUGAGGAAAGAAGUGAGUUGACGCUGGAUUUGGUCAAGUUUUUCCUCUUUCGUAGAGGUGUGAGUCACAGUGAUUUGGGAUAGGUCACAUUUUGGACGCUGUGUUUUUUUUUUAACGCCGCAUUUUGUCGAGGAAAAGCGGUUUAUAGUCGGAGAAAAGAGACCGGAGAGCGAGUUCUGUUCCUCUGGGCUCUUUUGGCUCGGAUGUGAAGAAGUCUGGACGAACCGGAGGGGGAAAAAAAACUUCCACCCAACUUUCCUCUCUCUCUCGCUCUCCCUCUCUCUCUCUCUCUCUCUCUCUCUCUCCCUGUCUCUCUCUCCCUCUCUCUCCCUCUGUCUCUCUCUCUCUCUCUCUCUCUCUCCGCCAUGUGGAGAGAGUUCAAGCCGACAGGUGCUGCUGGUUGAGGACGAACUGCGCUUUAAUCUGUGUUUUCUUUUCUUUUUUUUCUUUUUUUUUGGUGCCGCUAUUGUUAGUGUUUCCCUCAGUGUUCUGUCGGGUUCCGUUCGGUUCUGUUCUGGAGUCGCUGUGCUGUGAAACGUGGUGCUGAAGGCUGAUUGGUCGGUUGGUCGGCAUGGCGUCCUCAGUGAAGGUGGCGGUGCGUGUGAGGCCUUUUAACAACCGCGAGACGAACCGCGGAGCGAAGUGUGUGAUUCAGAUGCAGGACAAGUCCACCUGCAUCAUCAAUCCUAAACAGCCCAAAGAUGCACCAAAAAGCUUCACCUUCGAUUAUUCCUAUUGGUCACACAGCACGGACGAGGACCCGGCGUUCGCGUCUCAGAGGCAGGUGUAUCUGGACAUUGGAGAGGAAAUGCUGCUGCACGCCUUCGAGGGAUACAACGUGUGCAUCUUCGCUUACGGCCAGACCGGAGCCGGGAAGUCCUACACCAUGAUGGGCAAACAGGAGCCCGACCAGCAGGGCAUCAUACCACAGCUCUGUGAGGACUUGUUCAAGCGGACGGUGGAGAACACUGACCCUGACCUCUCCUUCUCUGUGGAGGUGUCCUAUAUGGAGAUUUACUGUGAGCGUGUGAGGGACUUGCUGAACCCGAAGAGCAGGGGGCCGCUGCGGGUCCGAGAGCACCCCAUCAUGGGCCCGUACGUAGAGGACCUGUCCAAGAUGGCUGUCACCAACUACAGCGACAUCGCUGACCUGAUGGACUGUGGCAACAAGGCCAGAACGGUAGCCGCCACCAAUAUGAAUGAGACAAGCAGUCGUUCUCACGCCGUUUUCACCAUCCUGUUCACGCAGCGUCGCCACGACCAGAUGACCAACCUCGACACCGAGAAGGUGAGCAAGAUCAGCCUGGUGGAUCUGGCUGGAAGCGAAAGAGCAGAUUCCUCUGGAGCGAAGGGCAUGAGGUUAAAGGAAGGUGCGAAUAUAAACAAGUCUCUAACUACACUGGGCAAAGUCAUCUCGGCACUGGCAGACAUGCAAAACACCAAAAAGAGGAAGUCUGACUUCAUCCCUUACAGGGACUCAGUACUGACCUGGCUACUGAGAGAGAACCUGGGGGGUAACUCUCGCACGGCCAUGAUCGCUGCCCUGAGUCCAGCAGACAUCAACUAUGAGGAAACCCUCAGUACACUCAGGUAUGCGGAUCGUGCGAAACAGAUCCGCUGUAACGCAGUCAUUAACGAAGACCCGAACGCCCGGCUGGUCCGAGAGCUUAAAGAGGAAGUGAACCGCCUCAAGGAGCUGCUAUUGGCCCAGGGCCUCAGUGACCUCAUCACCGCUACAGGACCUGCUAUGGCUGGGGGUCCAGGCGUGUCCCAGCAGGCCCCUCUCCCUGGAGUCCAGACUACCAGUGAUGCACCAGUGGAGGACAUGAGCCCCAUCAGUAAAGAGGAGGCUGCGGAGAGGCUGAAGGAAACUGAGAAGAUCAUUGCGGAGCUAAAUGAGACGUGGGAGGACAAACUGCGUAAAACAGAAGCCAUCCGGCACGAGAGGGAGGCUCUGCUGGCGGAGAUGGGUGUGGCUAUCAGAGAGGACGGCGGAACCGUCGGCGUUUUCUCUCCAAAGAAAACGCCUCACCUGGUCAACUUGAAUGAGGAUCCUCUGAUGUCUGAGUGCCUGCUGUACUACAUUAAAGACGGAGUGACCAGGGUUGGACAGGAGGACGUGGACAUCCGUCUCAGCGGUCAGUUCAUAAAGGAGCUGCACUGUGUGUUCUGCAGUGACGUGGAAGACAACGGAGAAGUGGUUGUAACUCUGGAGCCUCUGGUUGGAGCUGAGACGUAUGUAAAUGGGAAGCAGAUCACGGAGGGCGUGGUCCUGAAGCAGGGUGACCGUAUCGUGAUGGGGAAGAACCAUGUGUUCCGCUUUAACCACCCCGAGCAGGCUCGGCUGGAGAGAGAGCGCAGCGCCACUCAGGAACAGCAGGGGGAGCCAGUGGACUGGAGCUACGCCCAGAAAGAACUACUGGAGAAACAGGGCAUAGACAUCAAACAGGAGAUGGAGAGGAGGCUGCAGGAUUUAGAGAAUCAGUACCGAAAGGAGAAGGAGGAGGCUGACCAGCUCCUGGAACAGCAGAGACUGUAUGCAGACUCUGAUAGUGGUGAUGAUUCAGAUAAGCGUUCCUGUGAGGAGAGCUGGAGGCUCAUCUCCUCACUCAGAGAGAAGCUACCAGCCAACAAGGUGCAGUCUAUAGUGAAGAAGUGUGGUCUGCCGAGCAGCGGGAAGCGUCGGGAGCCUCGGCGCGUGUAUCAGAUUCCUCAGCGGCGCCGUUUACCCGCCAGUGCAGAGUCCAAAACUCACCCCAGCCUGGACGAGCUCCGCACUCAGGCUGUAAAAGAGAUCUGCUACGAGGUGGCUUUGGGAGAUUUCCGGCACUCGAGGCAGGAGAUCGAGGCUUUGGCCAUCGUGCGGAUGAAGGAACUUUGCCGGACGUACGGUCAGAGGGACCCUCAAGAGAAAGAGAGCUGGAGGAUGGUAGCCAGAGAAGUGUGCAACACUGUGGGCAUUGGAGAGGAGGAGGGAGAGAGGGGAGGAGGAGGAGGAGGAGGAGGAGUGACGGAGGAGAGAGCAACCUCGGCCGCUGGAGCAGGGAGAGAGCAAAGCAUGCAGAGAGGAAAGACUGAUAUGGGCGAGUUAAAGGCUCAUAUAGACAAACUGACCGAUAUCCUGCAGGAGGUGAAGCUCCAGAACAACAUGAAGGAUGAAGAGAUCAGAGCACUCAGGGACCGCAUGGUGAAGAUGGAGAGCAUAUUUCCAGUAGGACUGCAGGAAGAUGAUGACUCCAUGAUCGAUGAGGGCGGCGCUAGAGGUGAAGGUGGGUCGGGGCAAGGGGGCCGGCACGGAGACGAGGAUUCCGGGUAUCGUCGGGGUCGUCACAGGUGGCAGUAUCCGGACAAAUACCACGACCCCAAGCGUCGCAGGGGCAUGAACUCCCAGUCCAACAGCAUGGGCCCCCAGACCUACAGCCCUCCACAAGGACGCCCCCAAAACAACCCGUUCAGCACUGGAUCAGGGCGCUUCUCGAACUCUUCAGCCCAACAAACCCCUCGCAGCCCCAACGGGCCAUUCUUACCCGGCACUGGCCGCUUUCUGCCGCCUCUGGAGAGGAAGUUGCAGUUCCCCUUUAAAGGAAACCCCCAACACAGGGGCUUCCACUGGGGUCCAUCGGCCAGCCAGAACCAAAGCCAGGGAGGUGCGGACGGCCAGGACGAACAGGAUUCCACUACCUCUGUGCACACUUUCCAGUCCCCGCCUUCUCCGGAUAAGAACCAGUGGCCGAACAGCCACCACCAGCAAAGGCGCAACCAUGGAAACCGAGGAAACCGCGGAAACCGACAGAGGUCAAGGAACCGUGGCCGAAACCCAUUCGACGGGUUUGUGCAGCGCGAGCACUUCGCGAACGCUGACCAUACAGACGGCCAAGCGCAGCAGGGCCACGCGAGGGCGCGGUACACUUGGUACAAUCCAAACUCAAGCUCAGGGCAAGCGGAGGACGGAUCGCAACAGAACCAGAACCAGCAGGCCAGGCAAGCCUUCAACAAACACCAGAACCAACAGUCAGGCUACUAUCUGCCCCCUCAUCGUCAGACUAGCCCACCUGAGAAGAACCAAAAUAAUUCUGGAGAAGGCGCUAACGCCCGGCAAACCCAAGAACACACCACACCUAUGGAGACCUGACUGGCUCGUUUGGCGAGGAAAGUAGAACGUAGGGAUCAGUGAUGUCAUGGUAGACUGGGUGAACGGAUAGCAUUGAGUUACAUGAAAUGUUUAGUGAUGUCGCGAUGGACAUGAACAGCUGGAGCACACUGGCCGAACAAACACCAGCACACAAACAGAAACGCUUUACCUUUGUGUGUUUGUUGGGAGAAUCUAGAACGUUCUCGCUCUAGUUCCUUUGGAUCGUUGGUUCUUUUUCUUGACAUUCUUAAGACAACUGCAAAUAUUAGAACGUUGGUGUUUGUUGCAGAAUGUUGUUCGGUGGACUCUGGCUUUUACGGAGUUCAGUGGAGCGUUCCUGAUGAACGCUUCCUUAGCGUAGAGGUAAAUGGAAUGUUCUGUGAUGUCAUAGGGCUGGGCAAUAUGACAAUAUAUAUCGUUAUCAUGAUAAACUAAGGCUUUUCUGAACAUAUCGUGUAUAUCGUCAGUACUUGUAGAAACACUGACCAACUGCAUGAUUCAUUAUAACGCGACCAGUAUUAGUCAGUUUAACUGGAUUUAGUGCAACAAAGUCUGCAAAAUAGUGAAUAAAAAUCAUUAGUUUUUAGUUAAAAUUUAGCACAACUGGUUCUUUUUUUUCCUCUCUGUUUCAGCUGAUCAGAUGUCGCAAAAAAUCAAUGACAUUGUGUAUCAUGAAAAUGUCUCGAAGUAUCGCGAUAUUAUAUUUUUGCCAUAUCGCCCACCUCUAUGAUGUCAUAAAGGACAAGACGAGUGGAUUUUUGCAUAGGUUUCCGUGGUGUCCUAAUGAACAUGACGUAUUCAUUUUAGCAUUAAAUGUUCCAUGAUGUCAUAGAGCUGGGCAAUAUGACAAUUUAUAUCAUUAUCAUGAUAAAUUGUCACAAUAUAAUAUGCUUGUCUGAACAUAUCUUGAAUAUCGUAUGUAGAACACUGACCAACUGCAUGUUUCAUUAUGAAGAGAGCAAAAUUAGACCUGUUUAACUGGAUUUAGUGCAACACAAUUUGCAAAAUAUUGAAUAAAAUAAAAAAAUUGAAUAAAAUUGAGUUUUUUGAUAGUAUUUUUAAAAAUUUAACACAACUGGUUCUUUUUGCUCUGUUCCAACUGAUCAGAUGUCUGAAAAAAUAGAUAGUACGACAGUUCGUUUAUCAUGAAAAUUUCCUGAAGUAUCGCGAUAUUAUAUUUUUGCCAUAUCGCCCACCUCUAUGAUGUCAUAAAGGACAAGAUGAGUGGAUUUUAGCAUUGAGUUCUGUGAUGUCAUAAUGGACAGGACAGAUGGUUCCUUUGCGUUGAGUCAAGUGAAAUGUUUCGUGAUGUCAUAGGGCUGGGCAAUACGACAAUAUAUAUAUCAUUAUCGUGAUAAAUUGUCUCAAUACAAUCUGCUUUUCUGAAUCUUGAAUAUCGUAUGUAGAACAAUGAUCAUUUGCAUGUUUAUUAUAAAGAGAGCAAAAUUAGUCCCGUUUAACUGGAUUUAGUGCAACACAAUAUGCUGAAUAUUGAUUAAAAAUCAUUGUGUUCACAGAUUUUGAUAGUACUUUUUAAAAUGUGGCCCUGCUGGCUCUUAUUUCUCUGUUCCCACUGAUCAGAUGUCUGAAAAAAUACAUAUCAUGACAUAUGGUGUAUCGUGAAAAUUUCCUGAAGUAUCGCGAUAUUAUAUUUUUGCCAUAUCGCCCACCUCUAUGAUGUCAUAAUGGACAAGAUGAGUGGAUUUUAGCACAGAUUUCCGGGAUGUGAAAAUGGACAAGACGAAUUAAUUUUAGCAUUGAGGUAAAUGAGAUGUUUUGUGAUGUCAUAACGCUGUCUUAUCCGCAGGGGGCUGGCUUGUCUGCAGCUUUUCACUCCUGUUUAAGACUAAGACCACCUGAUUAAACGAGAGGAAUCAGGUGAGCUCCUCCUUGUUUUGACUGAAAACCUGCAGCCAUGCUGGCUCCGUGUGCACAAGACUGGACAGCCCUAUCAUCACGGACUGGUUGAAUGGCCGGGUCCUUCUAUAGGAUUAAAUGAAAUGUUCCCUUUUAGUUAUUAUUAUUAUUAUUAUUGUUUUGUGCAGUGAAUUAAAUAAGGAAACUGGGAGGUUCUCCUGUCUUGGGUUGGUCAAAGAAGGCCAGUGGGAGCUACUUUCUCCAUCCUAUGCAUUCGAGGAUCUUUCCAAAAAGUAUGCUGGAAGCUAUUAUUGAUCAUUUUAAUGUGCCUCAUAUUACUCUGGGGGAAGGAAACACACAUAAAUAUACACACGCUCACACGGUAUGUGUGCUUUUCACACCAUUGCACUCUCUUAGCAGCACCAAGGUGCUAAGGAUGCAGUGAGCUUGAAGCUGUUUGCACUCUGCGUCUCUCCAGAGGACUAUUUACACAGAAACUCUUUUAGUGCAAUGACUCGGCCUGUGGGUUUCCUUUACGAGCCGAGGGCUCUGCUGCGUCGUCUGGCUGUUUUAGAAACACUUAAGAAUCACGCUUCGGGCUGCAGACUCGGGAGUUUUGCUGCGGACCCGGCUGCACGCUCUUCAGUGCCUUAGCACGACCUACACAACUACAAUCCUAAUGAACUUUUUAUACACUUUCUAAUCUUUGUGUCCUGUUGUAUAUUGAUUGUGUACAGAUGCUAAGGUUACUGUGUAUAAUUGGGGGCGUUUGUACAUGGGAGAAAGGAUGGGAUCGGAAUUGGGAUGCGGACCUGUGUGCCUUGUAAGUGCAGUUGUUUUAGAAUAUUGUGGGUUUUCUUUGAUUUUUGUAUAUUUGGAAACAUCUGCUGCAUAUCGUCGAGAAAUCUACCUUGUGCCUGCUGAGAAAAACCAGAAACAAACAAAAAAAAAAACACCAAAGAGUUUUGAGGUCAAAAGCCCCUCGUCUCCCCAGGGUGCUGCCUUCUCCACAAGGAUGCGAGACCCAAAGGAGGACACUUUAAAUGUUUUUUCCCCUCAUUUUGCUUAGUUACUUUUCUGUCCAUGCAGUUCUACUCUAAUACUCUCUAAUCCGUUUUGCAUGGAGUUUAUACUGUAUGUGUCCACUGAGCAGGUGGAUCUAAUGUUUGAUUAGAUUUAUAACUGAAGUCUGACAGACAGACCCCAUUAUUUACAAUGUUUAUUUUAAACCUAUUUUAAAGUUUUUGUCACCUGUGGUUGUUUCAGCCACAUGCACAAGUCCUCUCAUGCUAAUAAUAUGCAAAUGAAAAAACGUGGCUAUUAAAAGACUAUUACCUCAAA